AUGAAUUCCGCCUUGCACCUUGUUCGGCGCCGGCGUGCGCGCCGAGUCGGCGGCAGCACCCUGGAAGAUGGCUUUGAGCGGCUGUUGAGCAGAGAGUCUGAUGACUUCUUCCGCUCUGAGACACAGCCAGCCUUCGUUGGGCAGCAGGAUCCGAAGCUGGCCCAUCUGCAGAUUGCUGCAUUGGCUAAGAACUUGUCCAUGUUGGACAGUUUGGAGGAGGACCUCGUCAAGGCAUUGGAUGACCUGGAAACUGCUGCGCAUCAAGCACAACUGUCCCAGCUUGGCUCGGUCUCUGCAGCUUACAAGUUCCUCCGCGGCUGCUUCAGGGGCCAAACCCUGCAGGACGUCACGCCCCUCAUGGAACCACUGCUGAGCAAUGCUGAGGAACAUCACGCCACCUCCACACCACGCCAACGCGCGUCGGAGCAGCGGCAGCGCUUUCUGAGCCCCACGGCAGCAAAGCGGAGCUGGGGCAGCCCGACGGUGGGUGGGGGGUGGGGGGCACAUGAAGGCUGCUUCCAUGGUCCAAGGCCUGUUGACCGAUGCCCAGACGUAUGCGAAGCAGCAUCCAGAUCACGAUGGCCCCUCGGACCCGGCCGUCGGAGUGGGGAUUUCAUGAGACCAACCAUGAUAACUAAGCCUAGUGCCACCGCUCAGGCAUCGCCCUGUUUCAGCAGCGCGUGGCCAUGGCUUCGGUCAUCAUGUCUGAUGUUCAAAGACCUCAGCAGAUCCUUUCUGCCGUCAAGGACGGGCCGUACGUACCCUCCAUAG